CUGAACACUCCUGGACGAAUGAGGGACUACACCGUCUAAUAGUGGUAUAGAUUUCCGACAGUCAAUGAAUGCAGCAUUAAAAGCUCACAUUGCACCCCAUCAGGAUGCACCAGGAACAAACAGGCACCAAACUUGGAUGAAGCAAAGAGCAUCCAGUGUGGCGGGUCAUCAUGUCCCUGUCGGUGCAGUUCGGUGCUCUGAGGACCAGAGAGCUGCGAGAGCUGCUGCAAGACGAAGACAAAAUAAAUCAUAUCAUCAGGUGUAGCGAGAAGUUUCAGGGGCUGCAGAGGGCUGCAGAGAAGAUGCUGCUUUCAAAUCAAAAACUGGCAAAAGUCGGUCUUUCUCAAAAACCUCAAUUUAGAGAUGCCAAGCUGCUACUUGCAAUGAAGUACAAGGAAGUGGAGAAACUUAGAAGCAUCAUCCAGGCCAAACAAGAACAACUUGCAGGAAAAUACAGUGUUCAUUAUUAUCAGCGGUGCCUCCUGAAGAAGAUAAAUCAUGCAGAGGAGGAGUGUGAGCAGCUGCUGUUUCAGAGGUUUGCGGAGGGGAAAACACAGCUGGCAGAUUUCUUGGAUUCCUUUCUCACCCUGCAGAAACUCCACCACAUCAGGUUGGUCCUGGUGAAGAAACUCCAGGAAAUUACAGAACUUGAAUCAACACAAAGGCUCAGUGAGAUUCACCGCAACACUCAGCAUUUCUCAGUGGGUUUUCCUGAGCAGUUCUGUAAUACCUGCCUCCCAGUCUGCAGUCUAACCACAGCUGUCGUCUUACCUGCCUGCCACCCUCCGUUCCUGCUGCCCUUUGGCACCCAUGUAAACACUGCCCAGAGUCUACAGCAUUUACCAUUUUGUCAUGAUUACAAUGAGUCCCUGCGUGCAGGAGUGCAUGGACGAGGCCCCAAAUGGCCAACAAGACCCGUCCGUCUUCAGCCACUGAAGGUGCAGCAGAGGAGGCAUCAACAAGCACCACAAUGAAGUCUACUCCAGUCUCAGAUACAUGUUUUUCAUUUCAUUAAGGUUAACAAAGUGAAAAUAGUUACUGGUUCAAGUUUCCACAGCGUCAAGUAUUAAAAACUGCCCGGUAGCAAAAAUUGGCAUUGAAUGCUUUUACAGAUCUAGACUUUAAUUGAAUUUUUAUUUACUUUUUGAUACGAUAGUUCCUGAUCUAAGUCGUCACUUUACUGUUUUAUUUAGGCAAAGUUCUUAAAUGGUUCUUUAUGUUAAGACAACAUUAAUAAACACUGAUGGACAGAGAAGUUUGGCAUAUUUUGUAAGGCAAAAAAACAUAUUUGUACACCUCAAACUAUGUACUGUUUUGGUACCAAAAUUCAAAUUCAAAAUGAUUUAUAUUAUUUACAUAAACCAGCCAACCUUUUUAGAAUCUUUUGGCAAGUCUGGUAAUAUAGACUCAUACUUUUGACUUGUAUAUUCCUACUGAGAGCCUCGUUGAGUGAUGAAAACUAUCCAAAUAUGAGCACAGUGUAGUAUCCUUAAUCCAGCCGUCCCAUAAUCAUGGUUCAAAUACUUUAAACUACUGACAAAUAUAAAAAUAAUACUCAGGAAAACUCUCAGAGUUGUCCCUCUAAAUUCCACAACAGAAAUCCUGAGGUGAGAGUUCACCAUGUGACUGUCACAUAGUAUUAAUAAUCUUAAGUUCAAACCACUCCAGCACCAAUUCUGUGAUGAAAUACUGUAAUCUAUGGCCUAUUUUCUUAGAUUGCCUUGGCCUUACCGACUUGGCAUUGGUGAUUCCCUACAUUUCCCAAAAGUCUUCCAACACCCCACAGAGACAGGUUCUGAAUGAAUUACCAUUUAGUAUAUUAAAGAA